AUGUAUGUAUGUAUCUAUAUAUAUUCAUGUUCCUUCCCCAUCCUAUCUAUCUAUCUAUCUAUCUAUCCAUCUAUCUAUCUAUCUAAGUCUCGUCAUAUGUCUGUCUGUGUAUGUAUGUAUGUAUAUGUAUUCAUGUUCCUCCCAUCUAUCUAUCUAUCUAUCUAUCUAUCUAUCUAUCUAUCUAUAUCUCGUCAUCCUCUGUCUGUGUAUCCAUAUAUAUAUAUCCAUAUGUUCCUUCCUAUCUAUCUAUCUAUCUAUCUAUCUAUCUAUCUAAGUCUCGUCAUACAUGUCUGUCUGUGUGUGUAUGUAUGUAUAUAUGUAUUCAUGUUUCCUUCCCAUCUAUCUAUCUAUCUAUCUAUCUAUCUAUCUAUCUAUCUAUCUAAGUCUCGUCAUAUGUCUGUCUGUGUGUGUAUGUAUGUAUCUAUGUAUUCAUGUUUCCUUCCUGUCUAUCUAUCUAUCUAUCUAUCUAUCUAUCUAUCUAUCUAUCUAUCUAAGUCUCGUCAUAUGUCUGUCUGUGUAUAUAUGUAUGUAUCUAUGUAUUCAUGUUUAUUCCCAUCUAUCUAUCAUAUAUCUAUCUAUCUAUCUAUCUAUCUAUCUAUCUAUCUAUCUAUCUAUAUCGUCAUAUGUCUGUCUGUGUAUGUAUGUAUGUAUCUAUGUAUUCAUGUUCCUUCCUAUCUAUCUAUCUAUCUAUCUAUCUAUCUAUCUAUCUAUCUAUCUAAGUCUCGUCAUAUGUCUGUCUGUGUAUGUAUGUAUGUAUCUAUGUAUUCAUGUUCCUUCCUAUCUAUCUAUCUAUCUAUCUAUCUAUCUAUCUAUCUAAGUCUCGUCAUAUGUCUGUCUGUGUAUGUAUGUAUGUAUCUAUGUAUUCAUGUUCCUUCCUAUCUAUCUAUCUAUCUAUCUAUCUAUCUAUCUAUCUAUAUAUCUCGUCAUAUGUCUGUCUGUGUAUGUAUGUAUGUAUCUAUGUAUUCAUGUUCCUUCCUAUCUAUCUAUCUAUCUAUCUAUCUAUCUAUCUAUCUAUCUAUCUAA